AUGGGAUUUGCAAUAACAUUAGCUGGUGCGACACGUAACGCGCAAAUUUUUCUAGGAAAUCAAAAUGGUACAGUUUCAAGAAUAAUUUGUGUGAUUAUGCCGCAUAAUGUUAUUUUGGCCUGGACAGAGCCGAUGACCGCUAUAUCAAUGCUUGUAGUUAGUAUUGACCGGUUAAUUUCAAUCGUCAAACCUAUUUUGUAUUAUAAAAAAAUGUUGAAUAUUCAGCAUUAUUUGAUAGCUGGCAGCAAUCUAUCAAUCCUUUUAUUGAUAUCUGCAAGUGUACUUUGCUCAUAUCUAAAUAAUGUCAAAGUGCAUUCUUUCUGCUGGACACCAAAUAGCCGAUGUCCAAUAUUCAAUCGAAUAUUCUAUGGCACACGCAUUAGUGCAGCUACUGGAAGUGUUAUACUUUACAUUGUCACUUUAUUUAUAGUGCGACGAUAUAGCAAAAGGAUAAAAGAACAACAGAAUUCCGGAUCAGUUAAGAUAAACAAGCGUCAAUUAAACUUUACAAAAACCGUAGGUUUGUCGUGUUUUGCGACUGCUGGCCUAUAUGUUUUGCCUAUGAUUAUCGCAUUCUACGAAACGAGUGAUGAAAUCAUACCAAAUUCUGUUUACUCAAUAAUUGUUAUCAUUUCAUUUUUAAAUUCUUUUUCCAAAACAAUUAUUGUUGGCUGUCGUUCACAUGAAAUUCGGGAAGCAGUUAUAGAUCUGAUGCCGGGCGCAUUUCGUAUGUAA